AUGUCUGGAGCAGCCAAGCUGCGAAAUAUGUUACAGGAAUCGAAUGAUUUGAUUGUUUGCCCUGGUGUUUAUGAUGGACUUUCCGCCAGAAUAGCGCUAAACCUUGGCUUCGAGGCCAUGUAUAUGACUGGUGCAGGAACGACAGCGUCACGAUUGGGUAAGGCCGAUCUAGGUCUCGCGCAGCUGUAUGACAUGAAAACCAAUGCGGAGAUGAUUGCUCACCUUGAGCCGUUUGGACCACCACUGAUUGCAGAUAUGGACACAGGCUAUGGCGUAGGUCCCUUAAUGGUGUCACAAGCCGUGCAGCAGUACAUCACAGCUGGCGUUGCAGGCUUCCACAUUGAAGAUCAGAUUCAGAAUAAACGUUGUGGACAUCUGGGAGGCAAGAAAGUGGUUUCUCUUGACGAAUAUCUCACUCGUAUCCGGGCGGCUAAGAGCACCAUCGAUCGGUUGCGAUCAGACAUUGUUCUAAUUGCCCGUACUGAUGCGCUCCAGCAGCUUGGCUAUGAGGAGUGCAUCCAGCGUUUGCGAGCUGCUCGUGAUGCUGGAGCAGAUGUCGGCCUUCUCGAGGGAUUUACCUCUAUAGAGCAGGCAAAACAGGCUGUUGAGGACCUCCGUCCAUGGCCGUUAUUGCUCAACAUGGUUGAAAAUGGUGCUGGGCCGGUUAUCACGACUCGGGAGGCUGCGGAGAUAGGAUUCCGAAUCAUGAUAUUUUCUUUUGCCUCCUUGGCCCCAGCGUAUUUGGGAAUCCGGACAGCACUGGAGCGUUUGAAGAAAGAUGGGAUUGUAGGCACGCCAAAGGGAUUGGGUCCGCGGCAACUGUUCGAUAUCUGCGGUUUGGCAGAAUCAAUGCAAACUGAUAUGGAAGCCGGAGGAGUGGAUUACUGUACUGUUUAA